AUGUUGAAUAAUUUUGUUAGAGUCUCUCUAUCCGAGCUGUAUAGCACUGAAGUCGACUACGACCUCACCCAUAUGGGAGAGAGUCUGAUCGUCUUGCAGAAUCCUUGCACUGAGUUUGCUUCGGGGUCGCCUUCCAGACCUGCAAGCAUCGAAGCGUUGGAGGGUGAUACUAGACAAGUUGUAUAUCGCGUUUCACUACACUGUCUGGCCCAGGCCUCUUCUUGCGUUAGAAGUAUCUUUUAUCGUGUGAGCGAUCCUUUUACAUAUGAUGGCCAGUCGGGAGCCCGUCUUGACAUAUCGCAGGAGUGGGAUCCUGCUGCCCUGUUGGUUAUUCUUCGAAUAGCCCAUUUUCGAUUCGACGAUAUUCCAGUCGUCAUACCUGAUGUGUAUUUCUUGGGCAAGCUCGUGGUGAUUGCCGACUACCUUGACUGUUUGGAAAUACUGACUCCGUUCGCUGAGAGGUGGAUACUUUAUUUGAAAGGGCCGUGGAACUUGGGUUCGGCCACUCUUCCUGAUGAUUACCACAUCCCCCGCCACUUUGCCGAUGCUACAAGCGUACGGGAAGCGACUAUUUGGGUGUAUAUGUGUUGGAGGUUGGCAUUAGAUGAACCAUUGAAAAAGGCCACAAUUUCUCUCGUUGCCAAUGCCAAGGGUCGUAUCGACAAUCUGGGAUUACCUUUUAAGGCUAGCUUACUAGACAAGUUGGAUAACGCGCGAGAGGAGCGACUCCAACAAUUCUUCGGCCAAAUAGACAAGACUCUCUCAAAUCUCGAUAACUUCCAAGACGACGAGGCACGAGACAACCAAGGGAGACAAUUUCACCGUGCGUUUCUUUUCCACAUUGCCUGGAAGGACUAUGUAUGGCGCUGUCCGGGGCAGCGGCCGUAUCGUGGCGAGAGCCUCAAAGAGAAUUUGCUCUCUUUUUGGGCAAAACGGAAAGAAAUGAUGACCGAUGCUCAAAUGGAAAGCCUGCCCCUUUCAGACGAGGUUGAAGACUAUCUUCUCGACAUGUAUGCGUCUGUGGAUGGUCUUGGCGACUUUGAAGGAUUGGAUAUUUGGGAGUGUAUUUCAGUAUAG